AUGUCCAACAUGAUGCGCACUAUCGGCUCUUACCAAGGCCUCGGGGCCCAGGGCUCGGGCCUCGUGUUCCUGAACCCCGGAGAAAUCGGAGUGCUCUCUAAACACAUAGCCGGUCGGGAUGAGGUCAGACCGAAACCGAUUGAACAGCCUGCAUGUUCCAGAUCAUCGUUGGACGAGCAUUGUAUGGCUCUGUGGCCGGGAUUGACCCUCUCGGAUAUGAACAUGGAGCGAUGA